AUGAUUUGGUGUGAUAACGCUGGUGUUGGAAAGGCCAUCCCUGGGGGGCAGGUGGUACGUGUUUGUGGACUUAUCCCCCCCGAAGCCGCAGGUGCAUCAAAGAUUUCAGUUUUGGGAGCGUCCUUUCUGUCUUGUGGUGCUGUGGUUGACUUGGUGCUUGAUGCCAGUUGCACUGUCCUUGCCCACAAACCUCUGUGUGUUGACCAUGUCUUCAACUUGGUGGAAUUGUGCUCUGGCGUUGGACUUUCGUCUGUCGGUUUUGUUAGGGCUGGCUUCACACACAAGUGUUCUGUUGAGAAGCAACCUAAGCUGGCCGAAUUGCACCUCCAGUUGCACCCUGGCGUUCCAGUUGUCUGCUCUGAUGUUGCCCUGGACUCCACUGCUGGUUUGAUCUUUGAACAUUGCCCUGACCCUUGCACCCUCAUGUCCGGCAUUGCAUGUCAACCAUACUCCAGAGGAGGCGCACAACAAGGAGGCCUGGAUAACAGAUCAGCCUCAUUGCCAGGUACUUUGCGCAUGUUGUACUUGUUGCAGUCCCCGGCACUUGUCAUGGAAUGCGUUGUUCCUGCCAGAGACAACUUGUUUGUGCGUGGCCAUCUGCAGGCACUGUGUGACCAAUUAGGGUACACCAUUGUGGACUGUGCAUUGAAGCUUGAGGAAGUGUGGGCAGCUUGUCGCUACAGAUGGUGGGUUGUGGCCACACACCCAUGUGUUGGACCUGUCAACAUCCCUGAAUACCCCAAAGGGUCAACUUUGGUCGUCCGUGAUCUCAUGCCUUAUGUGCAUAGGUGGCCACCCGAAACAGAAGAGCAGCUGAUUUUGCAGGAAUCUGAAUUGGUGAAGUUCCAACUGGCAGGUCAGACUUUGCGCCAACAUCAGGUGAAACCUGAUGCAAAGCUGCCAACUGCACUUCAUUCCUGGGGGAACCAAACAGUGCCUUGUGCUUGUGAUUGCAGGACCACGGGUUUUAGUGACGAGCUGCUUUCAUCCAAAGGUGUCUAUGCACAGUUGCUACAACUGCCAGCCACUGACUCGCAGGCAGGAGCUUGGAGGCACUUGCAUGUCCUUGAAGUUUCUAUGCUCAAUGGGGUACCUUUGGAUUUGAGAUGGGGAGACAACCAUCGUUUGAAUUUGUGUGCGGUUGGCCAAAUGGCAUCCCCAAUGCAAUCGAUUUGGUUGGCAGCUGCCUUAGCCCGUCAUGUUCAGACUUUGUUCACCACAAUCACCCCAACGGACCCCAUGACCCUUUUGCAGGCCUUGAAAAAUGAUGUCAUGCGGCAGUGUCGAGACCUUUUUCCCAAUCUGCCCAGCCAACCAUCGACCCCUGACAGAUGCCAGCUUGUUGUGCAGCAGCCAGGACAACAAAAUUGGACUUUGGCCUUUCCUCCGACAGCUGUGGUGAAGGAUCUCAUUGUUGCACAUGGCAGGCUGAACCGGGUCCCAUUUGAUGAAAUCUGGAUCAAAGACCAACAUGACAACCUGGUCACACAUGAGGUUCAUCUUUCACGAUUUACCACUCUUUCCAUGGGUCGGUAUGAAGAUCUUUUUCCCAUUGAUGAUCCUGAGCCACAGCCAGAACCAUGCAACGCCCCUAUGGACUUGGACUUGGGGACCCAACUGGAUGUGCUCUCUGAUGCCGGCGACCAUGUAUCACCACAUGACCAUGCCAGUCGUGCCAUGUCCCUGCCAAAGGUUGAGCCAGUUGAAGUCAUGCCUGGUACGUCUGAUGCCUCCGUCCAUGGACUUCUGAACCUGACCCCGCCUCAGCUGCUUGACAUGCUUCCUCCCAUGGUUUUGGACUUGGAUUUGUGUGCCAGUAUGCGUCGUCCGUCUGUGUCUGUCGACAUGCGCAUGCAGUUGUUGGCCAAACAGGAUCAUGUGUGGGCGGAUGAUGAGAUGUGGUGGCAAUUGCAGGUGCUUGCUGCCACUGAGCCCCGCGACACUGCGUUCCUGGAUCCAUUACUUGCACACACAUGGUUGUCCACGGGUACUGCUGAUGCAAUUCAUGUCUGGGCGUCUCGUCAACCCAAAUUCACCCGUCUUGUUUCAGCCGUGCUCCAUGGUGGCCAUUGGACUCCUUGUCUUUGGGUUUUCAAGCAGACAACAGUUGAGGUGAUCAUGUGGGAACAUGAUGACACGGACGUCAAUGGACUUAACCCCUUGCAUGGUUUGCUCAGCCAAGCUUUUGGACUUUCUCAGUUUUGCAUUUCCUGCACCCGCCGUAGUUUUGGCAGUCAACUCUGUGGAGCUGCAGCCAUUGCUUUCCUGCAACAUCGCCUCAAUGGUUUGACUUUGCCCGCCAGCCAAGUCCAACUGCAGCGGAUCAAUGAUGGACUGAAAGAGGAUUUCCGUAUGUCGCAUGAGGGUUUCCUGCAAAUGCCACGACCGUGGUGCUGGGGAGCUGGUGUUCCUGAUGUUGUGUCCUUGGUCGGAAGUUUGCUUCAACAACAUGGAGUCCCAAACAAUGCUGCCGCCAACAGGGCAAAACUUCUUGUGCAGAGUCUAGGCAUGGAAUCAGUCAAGCAAGCAGUCCAAGGGGCAUCACCCUGGAAAACGCUUAAGAGCCUAGCCAAUCAGCAAACACCACCGUUCCAGUUGGUGCUUCCUGAUGAACUGAACGUAGUGGCCCAAGAUCGUAAGACCAAGAAGCAAAAAUCAGCCAAGAUGCCAAGCAACAAGAUUGCACCGUCCAAACCGAUGGACAUUGACCCAACAAAGUUGAGCUUGGCACAGGAUACUUUCCACAUGGACUCAGGACAGCCAGCACCUCAGCUUCCAGCGUCUCAGGUUGGACCACUAGCAGUUGGAGUUGCCCUGGUGACGAUUCAGGAAGCAUUACCAUUCUUGCAGUCUGGUCAGUUGCUUACUGCUAAGAGUUUGGCCUUGCUUGUGAUCAAUGGACCGGAUGAACUGCCGACCAAGCUUUCCUGGACCUCAAUCCGUUUUGCUGCUUGUUGUUCUGUCAACCAACAACCAGUUUUGUUGCAUGGGCAUUUGGUCCAACUGGGUGCUCAGCCAAUUGUCCCUGUCUUUACCAAGGAAAGUCCGGGCGUGCAUGAUGUCCCUGUCACUUGUGCUCGUGUCACCGUCUUUGCAGAUCAGUGGCCCCAAGACUGGAGUAGUUUGGCUGAUCAUCCGUUCAAACAGGUCCUUCAGGUACUCUUGCCGUUGCAAACAUGCAGGUCCGAAGAUUGUCAGUGCGGUCGAUGGCACCCAGAUGGCAUGGAUGGCAACCAGGAUGUCAUUCUUGACGUUUUUCGCAGACAGUUUUUCACAGAAGCAGGAAGACCGACAAAGCAUGCUCAGGCCAAUCACUUCAGUGUACAGAUCCGUUAUCUCAAAUCUCAAGAGCUUGCCCUGCUGAGGCUGUCAGGUCAGAAUGGUGUUUUCAUUGAGCCUCGGAUCCAAGACGCAUCGUCUCCUUCUGAUGAGUUUCAGGUGGUUUGGCUCCCACAGGCCAGCUUUGCCUCUGCACAGCACCAGCUGCAAUGUGAGCCGAUGGGUCUGGGAUUGGCACGCUCUGGCCGAAGAUUUGGACUACGGGUUGCUGCCAAAGACUUCCAAACACUGUUCCAAAAGCUGAAACCUGAAGGCCAGUUUUUGUCUCCAGGCACCAGGCAAACAUGGCAUUGUGGACCUUUCCCGUUUGGCAGUGAUCGCAAAUCAAUUGGUAGGGUUUUUGCUGAGUGGAAAUGGCAAGCACGACCUUUGCAGCCGGCGAAGCCAAUUGCCAAUGGUGUGAUGUGGCUUGUUCAAAGCGUCACAGAUCCCCCGCAGACGGUGUACAACAUGCAACAUGGCCAGGUCAUGAUUUCCAAGUGUGACUCCGUCCGUGCGGGGAUGGCUGACAACGGCACGGUCAUUGGGCCCCAGAGCACCAUCGAGCUUUGUGCCUCCAAUACGGCUGUUGACCCAUGGACUGUGCAAGACCCAUGGCAGCAAGCCUUGAAUCAGGUACCCAUUCAGCAGCCUGCACCAAUGAACUCACACAUACAGGAGUUGGAGGAUCGCCUGGAACGUAGUAUCCUGGAAAAGUUGCCUCUGGAGCGCAUGGAGACUGACCACACUGAGGACAGGCUUCAGCUUAUGGAGCGUCAACUUCAGCAGUUGGCGCAUCAACACCAGACCCUUGAGAGCACCGUGCAUGAGCACCAUCGCCAGAAUUCGGCACAGGUCCAGACCCUCCAGGCCCAGAUGCUCUCACAAAUGGAAGUUCAACGUUCUCAAAUGGCCAACAUGUUCGAUGACCAGAUGUCGAAGCUGGAGACCAUCUUGUCGAAGAAAGGCAGCCCAUACAACCAAGUGAUCACGGGCGCCUUGUCCCAAGCCCGCAUCAACACAUCUGAUGCUGGCCAGUAUACUGGGGUUGCUACAAUUGCAAGAGUGCCCACCCGCGCACUUUGCGCUGCUUGGCCUCAGGACCUUUUUGAAACGGGACGGGUCCAAAUCACUGGAUCGCUCAUCAACAAUGUUUGGGUUUCGGGGGCUGUGAUGUACGGAUACCCUCAAGGCAAGACCCACCACAACGCUCAAAGCAGGUCAAUAGAGAUUUUGGACUUCCUCAUUGACCACAUGACACAAGUGGCUACUGGGCCUAGAUAUCUUUGCGGGGACCUCAACCAUGAAAUGGAUCAGCUUCCUAACCUCCACCGCCUUUUGGAUUUGGGAUGGAAAGAAGCACAAAACCUUGAGCACCUCCUCCAUGGUAGGUUGCCUCAACACACCUGUAAGGGUUGCACCCGCAAAGACAUGCUGUGGUUGUCCCCGGAGCUCAUAACCAGUUUCCGCACUGUCAAGGUCGACCAUGAAAGGUUUGCUGACCAUUCUGUCUUGCGUGCUGAGUUUGCUGUGGAUGGUGCCUUUGCACAACGGUAUCUGUGGCCCAUGCCCCUUCCUGUUCCUUGGACUUCUGUUCCGCCUAUGGACUUUCCUUUGGACUUUUGCACCGGCAACCCCUCAGCCUUGUAUCAUGACCUGUGGAAUGCCCGGGAGUGUCAGGCUCAGACGACCCUGCAACACCAAUGGACUCCUCAAAUGCAAGGUCGUGGCCAAAGAACAGCCCCCCUCAAACGGAAAGGAUGGGCUGCUCCACCCAGGAAAGGACGAACCAGUGACUUCCAACCUGCGUUUCAUGGUUACAAUGUUCAACAUUGUAGGUGGUUGCGGCAGCUCAGGCGUCUUCACAACUACCACAGGUGGGCUUCCACUCACUUUGGACUUGCAGUGGGAGACCAACAACUCCAUGGACUUUUCCUCUGGCAGAGCAUUUUGCGUGCACCUGGUUUUGGGUCUUCCUUUGCCGUUUGGUGGACUUCUCGGUAUUGUGUUGGCCUUCAGGACCCUGGGGUUGUUCCAGCCACUCCGCCGUCCCCGGCUGUUGCUAAGAUGUUGUGUGAGGCUUUCCUGGGGGAAGUUCGGGCCUUUGAGCGCACCCUUGCAGCUGCUAAGACUAAAGCCCAGUCCAAUGCCCACCGAGCAAACCCAAACUUGAUCUACCGUGACACCAAACGUCCAAGGCCUGAGCCUGUCACUAGUUUGCUGGUCACCAAGAAAACCAAGGUCACCGAACUCCGACCGGAGGAUGGUGCAGUUCUGGUGGAUCGGGCCGUGGACUUCGAUGUUAGCGUUCCUUUGUUGGUUGAUACACACCCUGUUGAGGCAAUCCAUGUCUCUGAAGAUGCACUGUACCUUGCAGACUUGUCCCAUGUUACUGUUGGGUCGGAUGUUUGUCAGUCUCAGCCGGUAGGUCGCCUUGAUGAUGUUUUUGCUGCCUUCCACACCCAGUGGAAAAAGCGAUGGUGCAAGCAUGACACGGUGCCAGCAAGUCGAUGGGAACAGCUGAUUGCCUUUGCUCGCAAUCACUUACCGCAGUGGCAGAUACAGGAUACACCCAUCACACCUGCACUGUUGCGAGCUGAAGCUGCCUCCAAAAAGCCCAAAGCAGCCACCGGACUGGAUGGUGUUAGCAGAGCUGACAUCCUGCAGGUGGACAACAAUGUUUUGCAGAGCCUGUGCAACAUAUACCAGAGGGCAGGAUGUGAUGGCUGCUGGCCUGAACAAAUUGUCACCGGCAGUGUGGCCUCUUUGGCCAAUCGGGCGUGUUUGAGCGGCCUGACCGCCGACAUCGAGAAGUGUUUUAAUUGCCUUCCUCGGCUUCCCAUAGUUGCAGCAGCCCUCCAUGUCGGUACUCCCAUGUCCGUCAUGACUGCCUGGUGUGGAGCCCUGGCCACGAUGUCCCGCCGUUUCAAGGUCAGAGACUCAUUCAGCGACGGCUUUGUGACAAGCACAGGCCUAGCCGAAGGCUGCGCCUUAAGCUGUUACGGUAUGCUUCUGUUGGACGACAUCAUGCACCGAUACAUGGCAGUUCAGUAUCCCUUGCUGCGGGUCUUAAGCUUUGUGGACAAUUGGGACUUCCUUACCUGGAGUGCUGAUGCUGCCAUUCAACAGCUGACGGCCCUGUUGGAAUUUGCCAACUUGACAGAUCUGACUGUCGAUCGGGAAAAGACCUACGCUUGGUCUACUUGUGCACAGGUGCGGACUGCUCUCCGAGGCCAGGGCUUGAAAGUCAUGCAUGCCACCAAAGACCUGGGGGCGCAUGUUGCCUUCUCCCGCAAGCGCACCAACCGGACGGUCACCCAGAGACUUGAUGACCUCAGCCAAUUUUGGCCGAAACUGCGCAGCAGUAAGGCUAGCUACCAGUCCAAGCUCCGAGCUUUGCGUACAGUUGCAUGGCCAAGAGGCCUCUUUGCUGUUGAGAGUGCGCCCGUUAGCGACAGUACAUGGUUGACCAUCAGGCGCCAAGCCAAUCAUGCCCUCCAGAUGGAUAAACCCGGUGUCAACCCCUUGCUCAUGUUGGGCCUUGUUGAAGCUUAUGCUGACCCGGAGUUUGUUGCCCUGAUCCGUACUGUUGCGGAGACCAGACUGAAUUGCCCAUUGGAUUUCUGGGCCAGUGACCUCUAUCCUUUGGCAGCAGGUUCAUUGGACUCUCCUCCGUCUUCCCCUGCGGCUGUUCUGUUAGGUCGUGUGCAGAAACUUGGGAUCUCCGUUCACCCCUGUGGGCGGUGGCAUGAUGCGGUGGGAACUUUUCAUCCUGCGUUGGUCAACUUUACCGAGCUUUGCCACCGUCUUCAAUGGCACUGGAACCACUACGUCUCUGCUUCCGUCAGUCACCGGAAGGACUUCACUGGUCUUCAGUGUGUGGAUACGACUCUCACCCGCCGUACACUGGCUGCUCUUCCGCCGGAUGAACAGUGUCUCUUGCGUCUGAGCCUUGCUGGUGGACUUUUCACACAGAAUGCUCAUGCCCAUUGGAAUGAGGGCGAUGGUUGCUGUAAAUGGUGCGGAAUGCCUGAUUCCUUGCACCAUAGGUACUAUGAGUGUUGCAACACAUUGGACUUGCGAACCAAACUUGCGCCUGAGGUUGUUGCAUGCCUUGGACUUUUGCCUGAUGCCAUGGUCUUACGCAGUUGGGCAAUCUUGCCGCCCACUCACUUGGCUUGGCUUCGCUUGUUGGACUCCAUCCCUAGUGCUGUUCCUUCCUUGGCGGGGUGGUUUCGUGUUGGUGUGGUCAAUGAGGUUUUUACUGAUGGCUCCUGCUUGUGGCAGUCUGAUCCUAGCCUUCGUGUUGCUUCGUGGGGUGCGGUCCUUGCCGGCACGUUCAGUGGAAAGGUGAUGCUGAAACCCAACUCAGCGAGCGCGGACCUUUGGAACUGGGUGUUGCAAUCACUGGAGAGAUUGGGACCUGGCAUGGCUGAACUGGUUAAGGUGCCUGCGCACCGCAAGCUAGCACAGGCGAAGACCCGCCGGGAAGCUUGGGUCAUUUGGCACAACAACAUGGUUGACGGCGUUGCCAAACACGCCAAUUUGGAUCGCUCAGCAGAUUUCUGGACUUUCUGGUCAACACAUGCGAGGUUGACUGCUGCCGCGCGAGUUUUGCACAGCCAGGUUUGUGCUCUUCAUGUGGCAGUUACAAAAAGGAGUGUUCAGACGGAAGCGGCUACAACGUUGGAUGAAGCCCCUUGCCCGGCUCCAAAACCACUGCGUGUCUUUGAGGUGACGUUUCAGGUGGACGGCUGGACAGGUGACUUGCCGCUGACCUUCACCAACGAAUAUGGCACUGGGCUUGCUCACCGAAUUGCCCGCUGGUGGAAACACCGUACUUGCAGUACGGAGGCUGGCGAAGUUCGAUGGAUUACCUUUGCCCACCUCUACGUGGACUAUCAAUUGACGUUUGGGUGCCCUGGACCAAUCAAAUCAGGACGGAACUGGUUGGACGCCUUCACUAGGCGCUAUUUGGAUCCAGCGCAGCACGGUUUUUUGACUCGAUUGAAAUGGUUCCGCAGAUGCUUGAAGGUGUUUUGGAAGGCCACCAAUCAACAGAUUGGGAUGGCCCAAUGUCGGGCGACUGGUGAUGCAAUUCAGAGUUUUGUGCAGGCGGCAUCUUUGAAGUGGCAUCAGCCAAGUUGGCAGGGUGCUGAGCACUGGUUAGCCAUGGAAUGCAAUGGCCCGUGCAUUCGUGGCACAAAAGCGCUGCAGUCGUUGCCACUGGUGAAACCACUGGUGCGCUACGCACUGCCUUUUGACGCUUCAGGUGUCCAUGAGUACAACGACCAGAUGAAGGCUGAGAUCCAGGUGACGCGAAGAGCCACCUACAAAGCGGAGGAUCACAUCAAGCAGAUGGAGGAGGUGAAAUCGAAGCAAGACCUCUUGAUCGACUCCAUGAAUGAAGAUAUCAAGCGCCUGACCGAUCGAAAGGCGCUGCUGGACUCGCAGAUCGCGGCGCAGAAGCAGGAGACCGAAGCAGCCAUGGCCACCUUGCGCGAAGCGAGUAAGGAGAUGGAAGCCAUCCAAUUUGAGAAGAAGCAGCUCAUGAUGCAGUGGAGGUCGUCACUGGUUGGGAUGCAGCGCCGCGACGAAGCGCUGGAAAACGUGCAGAAAGCUCUGGAGGAGCAGAGUGAGGCAGAGCUGGCGAUUGAGAACGAGAUCCGUGGUCUUCACGCCUCAAUUCGCACCGAACAGGAGCGGCACGAGCAGCUCUGUGCGCUUCGAGAUCGCAAUGAGAAAGAGAUGCAGUACUUGCAAUCUCAGAUGACGAACUUGAAGCAAGAGAGAGAAAGACUCAUGGAUCAGUACAGCACGCUCAACAAAAGCAUGGAUGAACAUUCUGAAGAAACUCAGAAGUACAAAGCGGGCAUCACCGAGCAAACGCGUUCCUUGGAAGUCUUGGACCGCAACAUGCAGAACGUCUCCAGAGAAAUCACCGCCAUCUUGAGCAAGAUCGAAGAGGAGAUGAGUGAACAGACCACCUGCGACCGUGUUGCUGCGAACAGUCGAAAGCGUAUGAAGAAGAUCGGCGAAGAGAUUGCAGCAAAGGAGGUAGGAGUGUUUACCCGCGUGCUUCUGGAACAAUCCUGGACCUUAGAGAUGUUGGAGGUCUGGCAGCGGCACUUGCGCACAAAGACGGGUGAGCUAUGGCUUCCUCGCCGCCUCUGGUUCGAGGACUUGUGGAAAAGUUUACUGGUAAAGCUCACCAGCAUGCCGAAUGCAGAGGCAUCAAGUGUGGGCUGGCGCAUUGUCAAAGUGGGUGGAGACGGCGACUGCCUGUUUCAUGCUCUUGAUGGCCGAGCGCUCCGCUUUGAUGUUGCUAACUUCAUGACAGCGCAGGCCUUGACUGAGCCGGGCUUUCAGGAAAUGCAAGAUGAAGCCGCGAAACUUCGUGCCGGCAGGUGGGGCGGGCACACCGCAAUUGCAACCUACAGCCCCAGUGAGUGUGUACCGGGGGGCUAG